AGCAAGACAGCAUGGAGGUCAGAUUUCCCACCAUCAGAAUUUUGCUGAAUGUUCUGUUGCUGUUGGUUACAGUAGCUGAAUUCAGUGAUUCUCAAACACAUAAUUCAGGUUUUCCUCAAGUUGUUCCAAACAGACAGCAGUUCUUUCAAUCAGAGCCUAUCGCUAUCAGCUGUGAAGGGCAAAAUGGGCUGAUUGGAUGGAGAGUGAUGAAAAAGAUAAAUGGAGGUGUUAGACCAUGUGCUUCAAACUGGGAAACAUCGAUUGGACCUUGCAAAAUUAUUAAUGCAUAUCCAUCAACUGACAGUGGAGAAUACUGGUGUGAACAUGGAGGAAUACAAAAACGCAACUCUGUCAACAUCACUGUAACUGAUUUAGAGAGUCAUGUGAUCCUGGAGAUUCCUGCUCAACCUGUGAUGCAGGGAGAAAAUGUGACCUUGCAUUGUAGAAAAAAGGAUGCAAACUCCAGCUACACUGCAAAAUUCUAUAAAAAUGGCAUCUCCACUGGGAGCAGCUCAUCAGGAAACAUAAUGAUUCCCACUGUAUCCAAAUCUGAUGAAGGACUCUACAAAUGUAGUAUUCCUGAUGCUGGAGAAUCACCAGAGAGCUGGCUAACUGUUGGAAGUCAUCCUACAGUGCCUUACUUAGAGAUCUACCUGGUGCUCUGCAUUGGUUUGGGUGUUUUAUUGGUGGUCAUUCUGCUAAUAUUGGUAGGAGUGUUUCAAUGUAAUAAACAUCAACAAACCAUCAGAAAUCACGCAGAAGAAACUUCUUUGACACCAGAAGGUGCUCAAAAUUCUACUGCCUCCUUCCGGUCUCCCUCUUCUGCACAAACAGUGCCUGCAGUGGUAAGCAGAGCUGAACAAAACAAUGCGACAUAUUCCCUCAUCACAAAACCAAAAAUGCCAAAAGAGGACCAUGCACUUGAAUCAGUCCAGGAGACGUAUUCUAUAGUCAGAAAACCCAGCAAUGUGAAAGAGCUGGCAGCAGCGAGCUGGUUGCAGAGAGGUGCCAGUCAACGAAUUACUGACAUGGAUCCGGAUAACUUUUACUGUGCAAUACAAAACUAAAAGUAAAGGGAAUGCUAGUCUUCAGUGUGCCUUUUAAUUCCUUUGGAAAAAUUGGCAUUUAUAUAAAAUACAAUGAAACAUUUUUGUUGUUAUUAGCACAUUUCAUUCCUUUUGUAUAAACAAUAAAUGUCUAAUUGGUGAAAAGAUGGCUGUUUAUAGAAACUUGCAAACAUCUCACCCUCAUGGUUUGUGUUGUUAAUUAUCUCCAUUCUUCAUCUGAGAGUAAAACGUCUGUCACUUCACAUCAUCAUGUCUAUUUUAAAGGGUAGCAGUUUUUUUCUAAAAAUAGUGAAGCCCGGGUCUAUUUGCUUUGCCUCAUGCCUCAUUAUAGAUAUGAAUACACUGUUGCAAUUUUUCAAUAUACUCACUGUGGCUUCUGUGGCAACACAGUGUGUCAAAUGUUAGUGUUGUGUCAGCUAUCAACAGAAUAUCCGUUUAUGGUAAAGAUGGUGAUACUGUCAACACAAGGUGGGAG